CGCGGGGCCGCGCGACUUGGCGAUCUGGCUUUAAAUUCUCUGUGAGGCCGUUUCUUUUCUCAUUGGCUAAUCUGACAGGAAAAGGGAUUCGCCGUUGGCGCUUCGGCCUCUUGUUCAUUGAGAAAAAGAGGAAAUACUCCGCGUGCGCUUCUGGAAGGGGCAGCCCCGAACCCCGGGGUGUUCGUCGGCGGGGGACUUGGCUCCGAAUUUGUCUCUCGAUUUUUCUCCGCGAUUGCUAGGAAGUUGAACUGAGGCAGAGUUUGGAAAGAAGGGAAAAAGUUUGCGGAGGGACUGGAUUUAUUUGCACAUCGCUGAAAGAAACACCGGGGGAGAGGGGUUGGUGCGAAGCCGUGAUCACCGAGUUCAGAUGCGCUCUAAGCCUGCUGGAGUGACCACACUUCCAAGACACCAUGGAGGCCGGAGCACAGAGUGGCAGCGGGUCUCAGCCUUUGCUGCAGGCGCACUGUGACAGUGGCAGGCAGCGUGGGGAGCCUGGCCCUGGAGAAGCCCUCUCCCAGCAGGUACAGGUUUUGUCUCUGGAUCAAAUCAGAACCAUCGGAAACACCAAUGAGUACACCGAGGCACCGACUGCGGUCCCCAGACCCGGACUGCAGCCUGCUCCUCGCCCCUCCACUCAGCACAAGCCGGAGAGGCUCCGCGGUCUGCCGGAGCACAGCCCGCCUCCCAGGCUCCAGCUUUCGCAGGUUCGUGUUUCUACUCGAGCCCCUCUGCCCAGGUCCAUCAGCACCGUCAGCUCAGGGUCUCAGAGCAUCCUAAGGACAAAUAUCAGCAGCAGCUCCUCGGAUCGGAGGCUGUUAGGACCAUCCUUCUCCUCUGGUCCACUUGCUGAUGGGAUCAUCCUGGUGCAACCCAAGUCUGAGCUCAAGCCAGGUGAGCGCAAGCCACUGAGCAUGGAAGAUUUGGGCCUGCACGCCUACAGGUGUGAGGACUGUGGCAAGUGCAAGUGUAAGGAGUGCACCCAUCCAAGGCCCCUGCCAUCCAACUGGAUCUGCAACAAGCGGUGCCUUUGCUCGGCCCAGAACGUGAUUGACUAUGGGACUUGCGUGUGCUGUGUGAAAGCUGUCUUCUACCACUGUUCUGAUGAUGAUGAGGACGACUGCUCUGACAACCCGUGCUCCUGCAGCCCGUCUCACUAUUGUGCGCGUUGGUCGGCCAUGGGGCUCAUGUCCGUCUUUUUGCCUUGCUUAUGGUGUUACCCUCCAGCCAUGGGUUGCCUUAAAUUGUGCCAGGGGUGUUAUGAUUGGGUUAACAGGCCUGGGUGCCGCUGUGAAAACUCAAACACAGUCUGCUACAAAGUUCCCACUGUUGCCCCUGAGGCACUUUGAAAAACCAACAUAGCAUUGUUAAUCAGGAAUAUCAGUAUUAAGGGUUGUUCUCUUUUUUUUCUUAAACACAUAUGCAACCAACUAGACAGUUGUGAUCUUGACACUGUUCGUAGAGAGUUGGGAUAGUCUUUGCUGCUUACAGUGAGAUGCUUUUUGUCUGUGUGCUAUUUUAACUGAUAUGCUUGUUAGAACCUCAGCUAAUGGAGCUCAAAGUUAAGGGAUACGGAACUUGGUGUCCCACAUAUUGCAUAAGCUUAAGCAACAGACACUCCUAGGCAGUUCUUGUUUGUGAAUAGUCCUUGCAAAAUUUGUAAAUUAGCCAAUGAUCUUCUUGCCAUUGUGUUCCCCAGAGAUAAUGUGCUAUAUUUUUGAAUAUACAAUGAUAUUCGCAACUGUGAGAAACAAGUUGUGCCAUACUCCAUGGUAAUCACAAAAUAUUAUACUAAUAUCUUGUACAUUCGGAAGAAUGUGAAUCAAUCAGUAUGUCUUUAGAGUGUAUUUUGCCUUACAGGAAGCCUUUAUUGGAAAACUCUGAUUUCCCCUUUCGACUUCAUGUAUAUCGUAGUUGUAGUAAAAUUAAACAUUUAUUUUCUAAUUUUUCAACAUA